GCAUGCUUGUGUCAUUUAUUUAACUACUAUAUUUUAACGGAGAAGUUUCCUUUUACUAGGAGAAAGCAAACUUAAGUUUUGGUACACUAAUCAAGAUCAUUAUUGUGGAGAUCUUGAGCAUUUUCUCAAUAAUUAUAAUUACAUGGCCAUUAUCCAAUUAAUUUUUUUAUUUUGCUUAGCUGAAUUCAGCAGCUUGUUGCAGAAAAGUCAAUGUCUUGCGUUCUUUGUUACUGUAAUUUUUUUUUCUCAUUGAAGUUUGAACUUUCUUGUUUUUAAGUCUAGCAAAGUAGCAGACCUUUAACCUGGAACUUCUAACCAUUUCUAAGCCUCUGCAAAGGGUUACCAUAGUCAAAACGCGAAAAAUGCUGAAAAGAAAUCUGCAUCAGGGACUGAUUUCUCUGAAAAUCCUUCUGAUUAUAUUUGUUGUGAUUGAGGCAUCCUAUGAGCAGCUUGAUCAUCAACAUAGUCAUAAACCUUUGAGCAAGCACUUUGUACUGGUUCACGGAUCUUGUUUAGGAGCAUGGUCCUGGUACAAGCUGCUUCCCCUCCUUAAAUCAUCUGGUCACACAGUCACUGCAAUUGAUUUAGCUGCUUCCGGGAUCAACCCUUUGCAGCCAAAUGAUCUUCAAUCCAUAUCUGAGUAUUUUCAGCCGUUGGCAGACUUGAUGGUUUCUCUUCCCUCUGAUGAAAGGGUGAUUCUUGUAGGUCAUAGUUUAGGUGGGUUGGCUAUAUCUCAUGCUAUGCAGCAUUUUCCUGAUAAAAUCUCGGCGGGUGUUUUUGUCACAGCUCAGAUGCCAGGACCAAAUCUUAACGUCUCCAUUCUUAGCCAAGAGUUAUUGAACAGAAGUGGACCUGGAUUAGAUAAUAAAUUUAUGUAUAACAACGGUCCAAAUAAUACUCCGACUACCUUCUUAUUUGGUCCGAAUUUCUUGUCACAAAAGGUGUAUGACCUUAGCCCUCCCGAGGAUAUUGCGCUUGCAAGCACACUGAUGAGACCAUUGCGCUUAUUCAGUAUGCAAGACAUGUCCGAGGUGAUUGUCUUGACGGAUCAGAAAUAUGGAUCAGUUCCUCGCGUAUAUAUAAUCUCUGAAGAAGACAAGAUAACGGAUAAAGAAGUGGAGAGAUGGAUGCUUAAGAAAAACCCUCCCAACAGAGUGGAAAAGAUAAAAGGGUCUGAUCACAUGGUCAUGGUUUCCCAACCCCUGCAGCUUUGGGUUCAUCUGCAGAGCAUUGCAGCAGAUUUCGAUUAACUGUUAUUCUGCUAGCUCUUUUUCUGCAGUCUGCACUGAUAAAUGCUGAGGGGUGGAGUCACGGGGACACGGGUAGCUAGCCGAGGUUGUGCUCCCUAAGAAUUACUUGGUUUCUUGGUGAUCAAACUCUUUGCAAAUCAUAACACAGGUUCAAAGUGUGUUUAUUGUUAAUCACUGUCAUAAACAUUCAAUUCUGACAUUAUCUAGCUCUGGUUUUUUAUAAACUGAAACCAACAAAGAAGUCUAGGCGUUUUCAAAACAUGACUACAAAAAAUGUAGCGUAGCAGUGAAAAAAAAAAGCACCAAAACAGCAUGUUGGUAUUGCAUGCCACAAUAUAUACAAGUCAACAA